GAACGCUUCCUUAAUGGACAGAGUUUGCAGUUCAGUAUGAAGAAAGACGAACUGGUAGGUGUGCGAAAAACCAUUGCUGCCCAUCUGCUCCAUAAUGCAGUGAUGAUAGGACCAACUGUUGAAGAUGGCAUACCAGCUGUUGAGGAAGCUGCUCAGUCCCAAAGCCAACCUAUAGAAGAAGCUGCCAUAUCAGCUGUUGAAGAAGCUGUUGAUUCAAAAAGCCAACCUCCUGUUGACAAAGCCACCAUACCUGCUGAUCAGCUCGCAAGCCAACCUCCUGUAGAGAAAGCUUGCAAGAGAAAAAGGAAGGACAAGGGGAAAUCUUCGUUUUUCUACUCGAAGCAGAAGAAGUCAAGCAGAAUUUAUUGUGUCUGUAGAAAAAGGAACGAUGGCAGGCUAUAUUGGCACUGUGAUUCAUGCAAUGAGUGGUACCAUCCUGUUUGCAUGGGUUUUGAUGAAAAGGAAGAACCACAUGUAUACAUUUGCCCUUCAUGUCAGGUGAAAAUUAAAAGAAAGGCAUGCCCUACACUUGAGGAAGUUGAAGAAAAGCUGCGAAAAGACAUUGAAGUAGAAAAAUCAGAUCCUAUGGGCGAAACUGUGGCAGGAGGUUUGCAGGACCAUUCUGAAACAACCCCAGUCUUUUUGAACAAUCCACAUGUGAGGUUUUUCAUUGAGAUUAAAAAAAGAAAAGGACAAGAAAUUUUAAUUCAGGCAUCUGGUUGGGGUGAAUUUGUAUUGAUGUCAGAGAAUGAUUUUGAGAACUAUGAGUCGUUCAAAAAUAAAAUUACAGAGGACCUACUAAUAUUAGAUUGUUCCCUGGAGUACUUUUUAAGUGUUUGUGUCAAGGAAAAGGUAGAAGUAUUGUAUUAUACAGACUGUAUUGUUAGGCUUGUUCCUUCGAAUGUCAUUGACCAAUACAAGAAAUGGCUAGAAGAAGCAAAAUGUAGUCUUCAUCUUGACUAGUUUUUUUGUGAAGGUUAACCAAGUAAAAUGUUUGUUAUUAUGCCCCCCUUCGAAGAAGAGGGGUAUAUUGCUUUGCACAGGCAUGUCGGUAUGUCAGUCGGUCGGUCGGUCCGUCGGUAGACCAAAGCUUGUCCGAGUGAUAACUCAACAAUUCUUGGACGUAUGGUCAUCAAACUUCACAUGAAGGUUGGGCCUGACCAGUAGAUGACCCCUAUUGAUUUUGGGGGUCAUCGGGUCAAAGGUCAAGGUCACAGUGACCUUUAAUGGUAAAAUAAUUUUAAAGCUUGUCCGAGUGAUAACUCAACAAUGCCUGCACCCAUGGCCCUCAAACUUGACAUGAAGGUUGGGCCUGACCAGUAGAUGACCCCUAUUGUUUUUGGGGGUCAUCAGGCCAAAGGUCAAGGUCACAGUGACCUUGAAUGGUAAAAGGUUGUCCGAGUGAUAACGUGACAAUGCCUGCACCCAUGGCCCUCAAACUUGACUUGGAGGUUGGGCCUGACCAGUAGCUGACCCCUAUUGUUUUUUGGGCUCAAUGGGUCAAAGGUCAAGGUCACAGUGACCUUGAAUGGUAAAAGGUUGUUCGAGUCAUAACUCAACAAUGCCUGCACCCAUGGCCCUCAAACUUGACUUGGAGGUUGGGCCUGACCAGUAGAUGACCCCUAUGGUUUUUGGGGGUCAUGGGCCAAAGGUCAAUGUCACAGUGACCUUGAAUGGUAAAAGGUUGUCCGAUUGAUAACUCAACAAUGCCUGCACCCAUGGCCCUCAAACUUGACUUGGAGAAUUGGCCUGACCAGGAGAUGACCCCUAUGGUUUUUGGGGGUCAUCUGGCCAAAGGUCAAGGUCACAGUGACCUGGAAUGGUAAAAGGUUGUCCGAUUGAUAACUCGACAAUGCCUGCACCCAUGGCCCUCAAACUUGACUUGGAGGUUGGGCCUGGCCAGAAGAUGGUCCCUAUUGAUUUAAGGGGUCAUUGGGCCAAAGGUCAAGGUGACAGUGACCUGGAAUGGUAAAAGUUUGUCCGAUUGAUAACUCGACAAUGCCUGCACCCAUGGCCCUCAAACUUGACAUGGAGGUUGGGCCUGACCAGUAGAUGACCCCUAUCGACUUUGCGGGUCAUCAGGCCAAGGUCAAUGUCACAGUAACCUUUAACGCAAAAAAGUUAACAAAUCUUCCCCCACUGAUAUCUCAACAAUGCCUGAACCUAUGAUCAUUAAACUUGACAUGGAUGUUAAGCCUGACCAGUAGAUCACCCUUAUUGAUUUAGGAUUCAUAGAGCUAAAGGUCAAGGUCACAGUGAUCUUGAAUGGUAAAAGGUUGUCCGAGUGAUAACUCAACAAUGCCUUCAAACUUGACUUGGAGUUGCAUCUGACUUUUAGAUGACCCCCUUAUGAUUUAAGGGGUCAUCGGGUGAAAGGUCAAGGUCACAGUGACCUUGAACGAAAAAAAGUUGACUUGUGAUAACUUGACAAUGCCUGCACCCAUGGCCCUCAAACUUGACAUUUAGGUUUCUGGUGACCAGCUGAUGACUCUGGAUUUUGAGUUCAUAGAGUCAAAGUCAUGACGGUCAUAACACACUUUAUCCUCACACUUUAAUGGUCAUAAUCUUAAAACAGCAACAAAUCAGCUGUCAUUUCGGUCCAUGCAUAUUUCAUUCAAUUGUCCAUUUAAUCCUGACAACAUGGCGCUCAGGGGGGGGGGGGGCAUAAUGUUUGACAAACAUCUCUUGUUAAGACUGCAUUGUCAGGAUGCUUGAUAAUUUUGGAAUGUUUAAUGUAUUAUUUUGUCUUUGUGUUAUACAUUUCUUCUAAGUAGACAAUGGUCAAGCUUUAAUUUAUUAUGGAAAUGAAUUAAGGCAGAAGUAUUUACAGUUUACCGGUACUUUCAUCAGUGUUUAUUAAGUAAUUUCUUUGCUAUUGAUCAAAAAAUAUAUUUGUGGCAAAACAAAUUUCAGCUGCUGACAGUCAACUUGGUACUAUGUUAAAAUUCUGGGAUUGACUUGAAUCAGUCGUUACCAUUGUGAGGCUCUGCUUUACAGUUGAGAUACCUGAUAUUGGAGUAACUAGUUUGCAGAAAAUUUAUUUAGCACUGUAGAUUGUGCAUUUCAGUUUGGGAAUUAGGAAUUAGGGGGUUAUAGGGCGUUUCAAGUUGGUUGUUGCUUUAUCCUUGGUAGGGCCCUUGUGCACUGUCUACCUUGGAUUUAUGUUAAAUACAAUAAUAUUGUUUAAACUAUGAUAUCAUAAUGUAGGUGAGAAAUAUUAUCGUAUCUAGUCAACACACUUAAAGGGGACACCAGAUGGUCCAAAAAAAAGACAAAUGCACAAUAUCCACAAGACAAGCCUAGAAUUGUCAAUACCAGCUAGUAUAAGACUGAUUAUACAUCAUUUUACAUAAUUAAAAUAAUAUUUUGUCUCAGUCUUAGCUGACUAAACCCUUUAAAAUUAGCGCAUAAUGGUUUCUCACUUUAUAGUGUGUAUAUUUAGCAUGUGAAAGUCAUGUUAUUAGUACAGAUACAUAUACCAAUGCUACUUCUGAAUUUACUGGGAUUCACAUAGUAGACAACCUCAGUAAAUUAUGAAUUGAAAAAAUGUGCAAAAAAAAUGCUAAAGAUAACUGUGUUGUAAGCGAUUUGAUACAGUAAGUAAGAUUCAAUACAUGUACACAACGAUAUUAACUUUAUGUAAGUUUUUGACAUUUUUUUUUCUUGCAUUUGUAUCAUCUGGUGUCUAUUCCCUUUAAAGGCCCUUGAUCUCUCAUUACACUUGAUAUGUCUUGAAAUCAAAAUCAAAAGGGAAUGUACAUAGUUUUUGUAACCUGAAGAGUGACUUAUUGUUGGAGUUGAAUAUGACAUGGAAUAAAACAUGACCUUUAGAAAUAUUAUUUCAAAAGAAUUGAAAAUUAAACAUUAAAUAUAAGGAAAAUGGGUAUCCACAUUAUGGUUAGGUAAUUGCAAGUUGCGCUAUCAUUUGAGGUGUUUGAUUUGUAAUAAGUUUAUUUAUUGCAUGCAGAAAAUUAUUACAUUUUUAUGAUCAGUAGAUUCAUUUCAUACGGGUCAAACAUUAAAUAGCAAACGCAAAGCAUGAUUUAAAGACCAGUAAAUGGCAAACCAUCCCAUGUUCUAUCACUUCUUAUUCAAUUGAAAUAGAUAACAUUAAAAUCAAUUAAUUGUUAUUUUUACCUCUUUUUUCAGUUUCAGACCAAUCGAUAUGUAAAAAAAAAGAUUAGUUAAGCCUAUUUUGCCAAUUAACAUGAAAAAUAUGUUUGUGUAUCUACACUCAACGAAACUUCUAUCCUUUGUAUUUUUGGAUAACUUUAGUAAAAUUCAAGGGAAAUAAGAAUUACUCUGCAUGCUUUAUUGAUUAUUGCAUUUGACAAUUUUUGAUAGAAAUUCGUUAGUAGUGAUUUUUUUUUGGUUUGCCUAAGGAAAGUGUGUCGCCCCCUUAAACAAAUUUAGAAAAUUGGAAGUAUUGUGCAUUUUUUAUGAUUACUUUUUUAUAACAACAUAAUAUAUAUUUAUGAAAGUAAAUUCUUCAUACUUUACAAGUUUAAAGGAUAAAUUACAUGUUCGCCAUUGCAUUUCAUGCUGAUUUAAAAAAAAAUCAUUUAAAAAAUGAUAAACUUAUGUUUGUAUUAAGUAAUAUGAAUAAUAUUACCAUCACCUUUGUUUAAUUAUGUGCAAAUAUAGAAAAAUAAUGUAAACAUGUCUCAAUUUGUUAUUGUUUAACAUCUUUAAUUGUUGGAUUGAUUUCUAUGAACUUAAAUUUUUUUACCAUUCAAUGAUUUGAUAUUCAGUAAUACAUGUGAGAAAAAUUGAUUCUUUUUUCUAUUUCAUUUUUAGCUCACCUGUCACAUAGUGACAAGGUGAGCUUUCGUGAUCACAAUUUGUCCGGCGUGCGUCCGUCCGUCCGUCCGUAAACUUUUACUUUAAACGACAUCUCCUCAUAAACCGCUUAGCCAAUUUCAUCCAAACUUCACAGGAAUGUUCCUUGGGUGGUCCCCUUUGAAAAUUGUUCACAGAAUUGAAUUCCAUUUAGAACUCUGGUUGCCAUGGCAACGGAAAGGAAAAACUUUAAAAAUCUUCUUCUCCAAAACCACAAGGCCUAGAGCCUUAAUAUUUUGUAUAUAGCAUCAUCUAGUGGUCCUCUACCAAAAUUGUUAAAACUAUCCCCCUGGGGUCAAAAAUGGCCCCGCCCCGGGGGUCACUUGUUUUACAUAGACUU